CUACUUUCUCAGUUUUUACGCAUUUCAUAAUUCCAAGAUCAUUCAUCUUGCAAAUCUCAACUUUUCCAAAUUUGGUCAAGAGUUUCGUGGUUCUUGAGAUCGAUCUCCUAAAAGCCCAAGAAUCGAUCAAUUAUUCUGCGUCAAAGAUCGGUGGCGAUCGAUUUAUAAAUCGGAACAUUAGCUUAAAUAAAACCAAAAUAUUCAACCCACUUUGUCUAAGGCCUUUUAUUUAUUUCAGUCUUUGUCUUUUCAAUUUCAUUAAUAUCAAUAGAGUUGGUGAUCUCCAGUGGAAGCAAAUAAAAGCGACCAUUUAUCUGAAACUUAAUUAUAAUCUCUUUUUUUCUAGUAUUUUGGUAACAUAAUAAACCCAAAGUGUGUCUCCGAGGUUGAUUGAAGGUAAUCAUUGUUGCUCUUCACAUUAACCUGGAAUCCACACCACCAUGAUCACCAGCAAUAACAGUGAUGGCUCCCAUGGAGCAAGUGAAAACUGUUUCGAUUCGUGCAACAACCUCGACUCGGGCUGGUCCGAUAAGACCGGUCUUAAAUCAAAGAACUUCAGUCAAAUUGAACUUGAAACAUUUAGGAAGCCAUUUGAUUUCGGGUGGAAAAGGGAGAUUGUUCUCAGAUCUGCUCAUGCAAAUUCGGGCAAAAAAAUUGUAGACAUUUAUUAUUUUUCACCAGACAAGAAUAUUAAACUUAGAUCUUUCAUGGAAAUUGGUCAUUACCUUGACAGUCACCCUGAUUGUGAUCUCGAGCCAGAAAAUUUCACAUUCGUCCGACAACCAAUUUAUCGUCCGCCUUUAGAAUUCAUUAGAAAUGCCAUCAGUAAAUCAACAUCGACAUUCACAUGCUCGACAAUAAUAAAUAAUCAUAAUGGUCACUCGCAUGAACCUGAAAGAAAUCGGAGGACUCAGAAAUAUAUUCAUGAUACAAUAAUCAAGAUUGAACUGUGUUCUAUAUUGGGACAAAAGUUAUUGGUUCGUUUGCCAGAUAGUAAAUUUAAUUUUACCAUGAGUGAUUUAUAUCUUGGGCACGAGAAAUUCUGUUCAACUGGUGACCGUGAUAUCCUUCGUAAUGUUUUGACCGAAGUCAAUAGACCUCGACCUGCAAGCAAAGGUCGGAUAACACGCUCGAAUAAUAUUGUUAAUGGAAUAAUUAUUCCUUCUUGGGGACCGAGACAUUUUGUGCACACUUACACAUUCGGUAAAACUCAAAGAUUAGAGAAAUGGUUAACACUGGAAAGUGGCCUUAAUUGGAAAGGACGACUCAGAGAACUUUAUUGUAGAAAAUUAAAAAUCGUUGCUCCCAAAUUGUUUAUUUGUCCUUUGUGUAACGCUCACAUUGGUCGUCUUAAAGUUCAUUGUUGUUCCGAUUACAAUGAUAAAUCAAGAAUCUCAACACCAUCUCCACAUUCAACUCCUCCAUCAUCUCCAUCUCCAUCACCAUCAUCUUCAUCACCACCAUCGCCAUCAUCUUGUUCAUCUUGUUCAUCAGCAAUCACAACAAAAGUAAAACCAAAACAACAACAACAACAAUCACAUAGUCACAAGGUGCUUACUGAUUAUUAGACAACAUUGUGAUGAUUAGCACAACAACCUGAUAAACCUCAUCAUUCACAUCAUCUUCAUCCUCAUCAUAAUCGUCUUCAAGGACAUCAAUUAUCAUCAUUCACCAAAAUUACCUCGAGAGCUUUCAAAUUAAUUCAUUGAAUUAAACAAUUCCGUGAAAACUUGCCUGAUAUUGAGACUAAAUUACUCUCUUUUUUAAAUAGACUUCCAAUUACAUAUUGAUUGUUUACGUUUUCUUUUUUUCAAUUGCUUCACUGAUGCUCAAAUAUUCAAUCUGAUUAAUUUCAUGAAAGAUGCACACAAUUAAAAGAGUAUAACUUGCAAACAUUGACAGCUGAUUAUUAGUCAAUUUUGACAAUUUAUCUUCCAAAAUCAAAAUUGACUAAUGAAGAACAAAAUUUUAAUUAUAAAUACAAAUCAGAGGUCCAUGAAAAAAAGCAAAGGUAAACUUCAAUUUCAUGUUAAUUAAGCAAAAAGGAAAAACAUCUAUCAAAUAUAGUUUAUCAUGUGGAUCCAUUGUAACUUAAACCAACACCAAUUGAACACAGAAACACUUCCAUAAUAAUUUAUACAAAAUGAAAAAUUGAAAUUAAUUGUAAAAAGUAACAAUCAAUUUUUUGUUUUCCAAAUUUUUCAAAACGAAAUAACCGCCAAAACUUGUUCCAAUUCGGUUAUUGUGAAGAUCCGAUACUUGGAUCGAGAUUCUUUGUGAUGCUUUUCUAAUGAAUCCCUUUAUUAAUUGAAGAUAAACUUUAAUUAGUAUUGAUGAAAUUUUGUAAGAGACAAAGAGAAUCGUAAUUGUUAAAUUAUUGUCCUCAACAAACGAACAUUAUUUUACUGAACAAAAUCACUUUUGUCUAUUAAAAGAAUUGACCAACAUUCUCCUAAAUCAUUUA